AUGGACAACGUGGGGAGCGGCGGCCCCGGGCGGCGCGGCGGCGCGGGGCCCCGGCGCUCGUUCCGCCGCGCGUGCUCCGCCUUCUUCAGGCGCCUCGCCUCGCGCCUCCAGCAGCCAACCCCUCCACCCUGGGACGUGGACAUCGACAAACCCCCCCCCUCUCAAAGCCCCUCCCCGGGCCCCACUCCGAGGCCUUCGCCCGUGUCGCAUCAGCCGCCCACACUGCACCCUCGCGGCGCGCCACGCAGGAGGCUCGACUCCCCAACGCCACACCCCCGCAUCCAUCCACGCAGUGAGGACAAUAACAACGGCGAUAACGAUUACAUCACAGACCCCACCCAAGGGGAGGUGAUGGGGCCCAGGGCACCCCCAGAGGGCAGUCUCGUGAACACAGGACGUGAGCACCGGGCACCCAAAGCACGGACUCGGGACGUCGCAGCCCCACGGGGUCCUGAGCAACACAGCGUGAUGGGGACAGCAGACAGUGUGGACACCGUGGGCGAGGAGCAGAGCGAGGAGGGGGUGAGGCAGCAGCAGCAGCAGCCGCCGCCGCUGGAGGUGGAGGCCGACUACGUGGUGGUGCUGCCCGCUAAGGCGACGGACUUCAACUCCAAUGUCACCGAGAUGAUGAGACGACGUGAGUCGCCCGCACGCCAAGCGACUGGUGAACACGUUGCCUGGAUUGAGCGCGGGCAUCACCGAGAGAUGUGCGUGGAGAGACGAGACGGCGGUGACGACAAUGGGAGGAGGGAACUCCAUGGCGAGGUGACCUGCAGUGAACAGAGCCUUGACCUCGGAGCCCUUAGAAGGAGGCGAUCCUAAGAUCUCAGGGAGCCCGUUGGAGAGUAAACACGGAUCGGUUCCUGUAGAUAUUGAUAGGCUAAGCCACUGAAUGCCUCGCAAUAUCGUAUAGUCCACUUGACUGGUAGCCAGUGUAAAGACAAGGGAGCGGGUGUGUGAUGUACACGUGAUGUACGUAUGUUGAACUUCUUUCGCACUGUACAUAGCCAACCGUGCUAAUCAGAGGUGCGGGAAAUGGCAAC